AGUUGAUUCUUCUUUGAUCAACCUGAAGCGUAAUCUGUUUAUUAAAGUUGUCUAGAAUCUUUUAAUAUAUAGAAUCAUCAUCACCUACUACCAACUCUUUGGCUUUCGCUUUUAUUCGCAAACAGAACAAUAUCUGUAUUGUGAUCUGUGUCAAAGUUGUCUGCAAUUUUUUAACAAAAAUUUCAUUGUCAGAUGCCUAAUUCUUUGGCCUUUUCUUUUUAUCAAAAGAACAAUAUCAGUAUUAUCCAUUUCACCCAGUAGUGCUCUAAUUUAAACUAAUUAAGAUUUUGUGGGUUUUUCAUACUUUUGUUUAUGUGAUUUUAAUUAUAUAUAACGUUCAUAAGCAUGCACUUCCUCUGGUGAUACCAUACCCCGUGUGUGUGUGUAUUCCUUUUCCAACUCUGACAAUAGCAAUUAGUCCAAAGAAAAUGGCAACCAGUGGUUUGGAGAUCACACUCCGUCCUUAUAGGAUCAACGAUGCUGAUGACUUCCUCGUAUAUGCUGGCGAUGAGAAGGUGACAAGAUUCACCAGGUGGAACACAUUCACUUCCAAGGAAGAGGCACUUUCUUACAUCAGCAACUUCUGCAUUCCCCACCCGUAGUGCAGAUCCAUAUGCAUCGGUGACCAUUCGAUCGGAUUUGUGCUCAUCAUGCCACGAGAGGGCGAUGACAAGUGUCGAGCGCGUGUGGGGUACGCCUUGGCUGCCGAGUACUGGGGCCAAGGCAUAACACCUAGAGCUGUGAAGGUGGCCAUUUCUGAAGGGUUUAGAGAAUUCCCACAUUUGGUUAGAAUGGAAGCCUUGGUUGAGGUAGAGAACAAGGCCUCUCAAAAGGUGUUGGAAAAAAUCGGGUUCUACAAGGAAGGUAUCCUAAGGAAGUAUACCUUUAACAAAGGCACAGUAAAAGAUAUUGUCAUGUACAGUCUUUUGUCUGGUGAUCUUAUGACCUGAAUUGU